AUGGUCUCGACCAAUCAUGCCACUGGAGGCGUGGUCGCCACGCCUCUUGGACACUGUAAUUUACUCGGCAGAGUGUUCGCAGUGGUCAUGUCCACGCCCUCUCCUAAUCCGAGACCGCGUUCCAUUCUGACUGACGAUGAAAUUGAACCCUACGUUCGCAAGCAAAGAUCUGACAGCGAACCACGGCGACGAUUACAAGCUCUUAAUGAGGAGGAGCAAAACAUUAUGCGGACAUCGAUAAACUCGAGGGAACGUAAAAGAAUGCACGAUUUGAACGAAGCCUUGGAAGAGUUACGAAGUUGUUUACCGUAUUCUCAAGAUGCUUCAUCUAGAAAAAUGAGCAAAAUCAAUACUUUGCUGCUGGCAAGUAAUUGGAUUCGCCAACUAACAAUUCGAAAUCAUGAGCUCCAAAAACAACUGGCUGCUCUUCGUGGUGUGGACCAUAUCGUCACUCCGCUCCCAUCUUCCACGACUUUUACCAUAGCUCCAGCUCCCAUACCUUUUGGUAUGGCUCCAAUGGGACAAACUCCCUGUGUGAAAGCAUUUGGGCAAAGCUGUUUCUGUAUAACUUGCCUUACUGGUGCUAAACAGGACUAA